AUGUCACCCAUCCCCAUAACAAUCCUCACCGGCUUUCUCGGUUCUGGAAAAACCACCCUAAUUCUAAAUCUUCUUCCCCAACUCCACGCCCUUAACCCCUCUUACCGACUCGCUCUCCUCAAAAAUGAAUUUGGUGACCUAGCUGUCGAUUCUCAGCUCGCGUCUUCUUCUUCCAUAACUUCGGUGCGAGAGAUGCUUAAUGGGUGUAUAUGUUGUAACCUCGUUGGUUCUCUAUCCUCCGCGCUUCAAGAACUGCAGGACAGUUUACCGGUCAAGGUUAACGAGUCAACGGGAAAGGAAGAGAAGGGGAGUUUGGAUAGAAUUAUAAUUGAGACGUCUGGGUCGGCAUUCCCUGCUACGUUGGCGAUGGAGGUUAAUAGGAUAGCGAGGGAGACAAAGGGGGCUUAUGUGUUGGAUGGUGUGAUUUCGGUGAUUGAUGUGGAGAAUUGGAAGGGCUAUGAAGAUACGAGUUUUACGGCGAGGUUACAGGCGAAAUAUACGGAUCUGGUUGUUUUUAAUAAGUGGGAGGGGGUCAGUGAGAGGAGGUUUGAUGACUGUUUGGAUAGGUUGGGGGAUUUGGAAGUCCAGGUUGCUUGGGUUAAGAGUGAUAAGGGAAAGGUCGGGGUAGAUGUUGUGUGCGGAGUUGAUGGGGGUCUGGCUAGGGUAUUGAUGGAUGAUGUUAAUGGGAAUGGGAAUGGGCAUAAUCAUAAUCACAAGAAUGGUGAAGACAAACACGAACACUCCCACGACCAUCAAUCCGAAGUCGAAGUCCUCUCCAUAACCCUCAGAUCUACCUCCCCCUCCUCAACCAUCUCCCUCGCACCACUCACCAAACUCCUCAUCAAAGCACCCAAAGACGAAGUAUACCGCAUCAAAGCAAUUUUAACCUCAAGCACUCCCAUCCCACCAUCCGAUUCAACACUCUCACCUCCUGAAUCCUCGACAUCGGCAUCGGUAUCGACAUCAACUUCUACUUCCACUUCCACCACUGACUUGGUUCCAAAAUCUGCAAAAUAUAUACUCAAUUGGGCAUUUGGUCGCUGGACUAGCACAAAAAUGGAAGAUCAGCAGUUGGAAAAGGAACAUGAAAGUAGUCAGGGAGAAGGAGUGGUACUAAGAAUGACGAUUGUAACGGCGAGGGAUGAGAGUAAUAAGUGGAAGAAGAGGAUAGAAGGUGGUGGAUGGGUGGAAAUUGAGGGUGAGGGUGAGGGUGAGAAGGGAGAGUUGAAGGUUGUGAGGAUUUUGUAA